ACGCGACAACUGCGCCCCCCUUCCCUCUCGUUCGUGUUGCCCUGACCGGCAACGUCGCAGAACCGAAAAGUUUUUCCUUUUCCAAGCCAAGCCAGAGAAAGCAAUCAAUUGUGGAGCGAGAGAGAGAGAGAGCGAGCGAGACGGCAAUGGCUUGCGUUGCCUGCUGCCGAUGUCCUGAUCGGGUCACGCCAUCUUAGGAUCACGAUCCUUUCCUCCCGUUCCUCCCCCACCCGAAAACCCUAAUUUUUGAGUGCUUUCCUACCAUUUCGUCGCCGCUCUCGUCCAUUGAAGGACCACUGCCCGCGCGACAUCGGUCGGCCCUGGGUUCUCUUUUGUCGGGUGAGAAAGGAGUCUUUUUUAAUCUUCUUUUGGUGAUUUUGGUUCCCGGGAUCAGGAGCUUGAAUCGGGCGGGUUGCGUUCGUGGUUGUGGUCGGAUGGAGCCUCGUGUUGGGAACAAGUUUCGCCUCGGUCGGAAGAUCGGCAGCGGUUCAUUUGGCGAGAUCUAUUUAGGUACUAAUAUCCAAACCAAUGAGGAAGUCGCAAUUAAACUCGAGAACGUCAAGACUAAGCAUCCUCAGUUGCUUUAUGAAUCAAAGCUGUAUAGGAUCCUGCAAGGAGGAACUGGAAUUCCUAACGUGAGAUGGUUUGGUGUUGAGGGUGAUUACAAUGUCCUUGUUAUGGAUUUACUAGGACCAAGUCUUGAAGACCUGUUCAACUUUUGCAGCCGUAAGCUGUCUUUAAAGACUGUUCUGAUGCUCGCAGACCAGAAGUUAAAUCGAGUGGAAUUUGUGCAUUCAAAGUCCUUCCUCCACCGAGACAUUAAACCAGAUAAUUUUAUUAUGGGUCUGGGUAGACGAGCUAAUCAGGUAUAUAUCAUUGAUUUUGGCCUUGCCAAGAAGUACAGGGACACUUCAACUCAUCAGCAUAUUCCGUACAGAGAGAACAAAAAUUUAACUGGGACUGCCCGUUAUGCAAGUGUGAAUACACAUCUUGGUAUAGAACAAAGCAGGAGGGAUGAUUUGGAAUCUCUUGGAUAUGUUCUAAUGUACUUCUUGAGAGGAAGCCUUCCAUGGCAAGGUCUAAAAGCAGGAACAAAGAAGCAAAAGUAUGAAAGAAUUAGUGAAAAAAAAGUCGCCACAUCAAUUGAGGCUUUAUGCCGGGGAUAUCCUACAGAGUUUGCAUCUUACUUCCAUUAUUGCCGUUCAUUAAGAUUUGAGGAUAAACCUGAUUAUGCAUAUCUUAAGAGAUUGUUCCGGGAACUUUUCAUUCGGGAAGGUUUUCAAUUUGAUUAUGUAUUUGAUUGGACCAUCUUGAAGUAUCAGCAAUCUCAGAUAGCUGGCCCUCCUCCACGUGCAAUUGGUCCAAGCGCAGGACCUAGCCCUGGCUUGUCUCCUGCUGCCGCCAAUGAUAGGCAGUCAGGUGGUGAGGAAGGACGGACGGGUGGUUGGUUGGCUGUUGAUCCCUCCCGUCGAGGACAAGCAUCUCCAGCUGUAAAUAUUGGCAGCCUAUCCAAACAGAAGGCCCCUAUGGCGAGUGAUCCACCUUCCAGUAAAGAUGCUAUGAUUUCCAGUUCUGCUUUCAUGGGAUGGUCAAGUGGAUCCUCAAGGCGACCUGCUGUUUCUGGUGGUCGGGAUGUGGUAGGGAUUGAUGUAGAUCAAUCUCGCACUCGCACUGCAGAGGCGAGCCCAGUGACUUCCCACAAGGUUUCAAGUGCUCAGAGAAAUUCUCCAAUUAUCUCUUCAUCUGGAAGGAAACCAUCUGCAAAUAAGAACUACGACUCCGUGCUGAAAGGCAUUGACGCCCUUCAUUUCGAUACCGAAGAGAAGAACUAGCCAUCACCACUACAAUCCUGCCGUGACAACUUCAAUUUGUGUGAUGUUGCUCUGGAGAAUCAAACCCUUAAACUGAUGGAACACUUUGCAUGAAUCUUGACCAAGACAAUGAGUUGCGAAGUGUUUUUCCUCCGAAAGAUGAAAGCAAGUGAUUCGACCAGUAAAGGAAAUUUGUUCGUAUCGUUGAAGAAAUACGCUAAAGUUGAAAUAAGAAUAAUUUUGUUUUAUUAACCAUAGAUGUUCCACCAUUAUGUUUUCGGUAUCGUUUUAAUUUUCUUAUUAUUGUUGGAAUUUCACAUGUUUGAUUAUGUACUUGAAUGUGCCAACAUACAUUGUGGAGAAGUUGCCACUUAUAAUUUGGUUUGAAUUCAUUGAUC